UUAUUUCUCUUCAUUCAAUCUGAUAUCAAAACAAUUAUACUGCCUGGAGCAGCUUUUCUACUAGCCUCUCUAUUCAACAUACAUUGUGACUUCAAGUUUCUACUUCACUGGAAUACCUUGAGAGCGGCCGGGUCAACUACAGCUUGGACUUCAAUUCACCUGCUCAUUUUUGCUAUCAAUAAUCAGACCCAAGCUCAUUCCAUCAUUGAAGAUACCAUCAACAAGCCUUGGCGACCUAUCCCAUCUCAAAGAAUCAGUAUUACAUCUGCGAAAAACGUGCGAAGAGUAUUUCUUCUCACCGCUAUAAUCUAUGCUCAAUUCUCUGGGAUCCUACUGCUCACCUUAUUAUUCUUAAUUCUUGAUACCCUAUACAACACUACCAAAUUACAUGAAAAUGCAUUGAGCCGAAAUAUUCUUUGUUCUGGCGCAUAUUCUCUGAUUGGCUGUGCUGUUCAUAUUAUCACGAAUCGAACCUAUCAAGCCCACGUGAGCCGAGUGUGGCUUAGGCUUUGUGACUUGGAGAGCCUGAGCAAAGAUACAAUUUGGUCAUUGCUGAUGAUCGGUCUGGUUGUACUUACCACAAUCCACAUUUCCGAUCUGCCGGACGUGGAUGGUGAUCUGCUUCUUGGACGACAAACUAUGCCAAUUAUG